GCCCCCUCCCCCCAAUCUUCUACGGACAGUGCAGACCAGACCAGCAUCAGCCACCAUCUUCCUUCCUUCAUUCAUCAUUCAACUUCCUUCCCUCCUUCCUUCCUAUCUCUCUUCCUUCAAUCCCAUCUCCCCACAUUGCUCAAUUUCCCGGGAAAAAUGCUCCCUUGGACUGGAAAUCUCCUCUGAGAAUCUGACGGAUCGGGCAGCUCUCGGCGGAUUCUUGAAUGAGAAGCUGUGCUCGGUGGGGGUGCUAAUGGCAUUCACGGAUUUAUGCCGGCAGACAUGCAUCCGAGCGUCGGACAGAUGCUACCGCUACUUCCCCUGCCUCGCUGAUCCCGCUCGGAGGUCGUCAUUGUGCCUGAAGGUGGCGCUGGUUAUUCUGCAUUUGGUAUACGUCGGUGUUCUGUUCCUGUUCGAUAAAGAUUUGAUAGACAAGACCCGGAAAGAUCCGUGGUAUACUUCUCUAUAUCUGUUGCUCUUCAUAGCCACGUUAGUUCAAUACUUCAUUACCGCUUGUUCUUCUCCAGGAUAUGUCCUUGAUGCAAUGAGAGCAGUCAAUGAAGCAAAUUCAUUGUUCACAAAUCGCUACAAACAGGCUGCUUCAAACAAAGAUGGAAGCUUUGUUGUAACAAUUGAUGAUCCAUCAAGAAGAAAUUUGCUGGGCAAUACAUCAACUUCUUGGUCUAAGACAGUAGUGGAAUUGUAUCUUCCUGGGACACCCGCUAGAAACUACAUUUGCUCCUACUGUAAUAUCGAACAACCUCCAAGAUCCAAACAUUGUCAUGACUGUGACCGGUGCAUUCUUAAGUUUGAUCACCAUUGCACUUGGCUAGGUACCUGCAUUGGGUACCGCAAUCACUGUCGAUUCUGGUGGUACCUCAGCGAGGAGGCCGCACUUUGCCUCUGGACUGCCUUCUUGUACAUUAGCUACCUUCACACCAACAUAUAUCGGGUGUGGUGGAAGAGCGCAAUCAUGAUUAUCCUUCUGAUUUUCCUGUCAAUCUCCUUGAUCUUUCUGCUCCUUCUGCUGCUUUUCCACAGCUACCUUAUUCUGACAAAUCAGACAACCUAUGAGCUUGUAAGGCGCCAGCGCAUCACGUAUUUGAGCCAUGUCCCCCGAAGAUUGUGCGCUUUCAGUAGAGGUAUGGGCAGAAACUUGUACUAUAUCUGUUGUGGAGGAAGCAGUUACUUGGAGCAGGUCCCCACACAGCACGAGCUCGAGGAAAGGUCUAGACCUUAUACGUGUUUGGAUACAUUAACUUGCCGGUGCUGCUUCUAAGAAUAGAUGUGGCCCAUCAUUCUAAAAAGAAAUGUACUAUUAUUAUACUGAGAAAUGGCUGCACCGAUUAUAUGUUCGGGUUCGGACUGGUGGUGCUUUAAUUUGUCCUCGCAUUGGAAUUUUGGGUGCCUUGAGGAGAUUUUGUAUGGUCCAAUUUUGGGCAGGUGAGAAGAUCGAAGAGUAAUAGCCGUCGGUUGUACGAUGAUACUUAUCGAGUACUCUUUUAGCCAUAUAACCCUUUCUUCUUCCGAAUGCACAAUGUAGUGAAUGAACUGAACCUCAUGUCUACUUGUUAUCUUCACCGUGUUUAGAUGUGAGACAUGACCAAGCCAACCAGAUAUGGACUGCCUUUGUGGUUUGGAAGGCAGUUCGUGCUUUUUUUUAUGAAUGUAAAUGUAUGAAGGUGCUUUAGAUAGA